ACAUAUAUAUAGGUGUGACCAUUUGCUAUGCACCACUCACCAAAUUGAAGAGAAAGAGCAGCAAUUUAUGAUGAUGAAGAGUCUGAGGCAAGUGAAGAAAAGCAAAAGCUAUAGGCUUGAAAAGUGUUCACCAGAAAUGGAAAAGCAUCAAUUCACAGCACCCAGUGAGCAAUAUUCGACAGGGUUUGUGACAAAAAAUUCACCUCCUCCAACUGUGGAGUUUCCAACCUCUCCACAGCUGAUAUUUGGAGAGGAAAUAGUUCACUUGAGCCAUCCUCAGCAUCCUCUUUCAAUGGUGGAUCUCCCUGACCUCUUCAUCUGUGUAGGCUGCAAAGAAUAUGGCUCUGGAAAGAGGUUCGUUUGCCAAAAAUGUGAAUUUCAGAUGCAUGAUUUCUGUGCCUUGGCUCCUCCUACUCUCAAGGCACACCCCUUUCACUCUCAACAUUCUCUCUUCUUCCACUCCAAACCAGGAAAAAGUGGAAUGGGAGGGAAAGUGAAGUGCGACGUAUGUGGGAAACCGACGAAGGGCUUCGCCUUCCUCUGCACGGCCUGCGCCUUCCAGAUGCAUCCAUGCUGCGCCAUGCUCAACACCGAGAUCGACUUCCCUUCCCAUCCCCACACUCUCAAGAUCCUCCCCACCGCCUCCUCCGCCGCCGUCGACCCCUCCUCCUUCGUCUGCGCCGAGUGCAAGAAGCGCAGGUCCGGCAAGGUCUACCGCUGCACCGUCUGUGAGUACCACCUCCACGCCGCCUGCGCCAAGACCAAGAUCAACGGCCUCCUCGCCAACGGCAUCAGGCCGCCGCAGAAGCCCAGCGUGCUCGCCGCCGCCGCCCGCGUUGCCUCCCAGGUGGUGAUUGAGUUCAUCGGAGGACUGGUUGAGGGCAUCGGAGAAAGCGUCGGCGAUGUGCUUGUGCAGAACAUCGCCAAAGGAAACACUGUUUCCCCCGCUAAUGCUAGCCCCAAACCACGUUACAGAUAAUCCAUUACUUCCCCAACAAAAAAGUUACUAUCAUUAUACAAGAAAAUAUUUAUUCUACAAUAUUUGUUUUUCUAGAAUGUGUCUCUCUCUGAAUUGCAAAAGUGGAAAAAAGAGAAUAUAUUCCUAAUUUUCUAGAUACAUUCAAUGUAGGCUAUAAUUUUCAUAUAGGAAAUAAAAAAUAAUUGUAUAGUAUUGAUUGAUGCAAAUAGUGUUUGAUUCUGUGUAUAUUUUGUUGUUGGUCUGUGGAGGCUACUGUUUCAUAUAUAUUUUCCAGUUUUGCUUUUCCUAUAAAUUCAAGUGAUUGUUAUAUUUAUGUAAG